CCCCUUCCGCUUCCGAGCGCGUGCUGUGGCGCUCCUCCUUGCUUGGGAUUCAAGUCAGCGUGAAAGUCCCUUUCAUAUCAAAGAAACACGGGAGAAAUCUUUGAAUUGAAGCAGGAGACCUGAGGUUUAGCAACAAAACCACCCUUUAAAACUGAAUAAUGCCGCCUCUUCUGAACCGGAUAUGCCACAUUGGGUUCCAUGUCGCUGAGGGGCAGCAGUUGGCCAGCAACCUGAUGCACCAGUUUGGGUUUGAGCUAUUUGCUACACGGAUGGCAGGAUGGAGCAGGCAGCUGGCCUUCCGAAGAGGGAAUGCAGUUUUCCUUGUCAAUGAAAGGCUGAAGCCUGGGGGGAGAGAAGUUUCACCUGUGUCAUCUUCAGGCUUUUGCAAAAAUAAAGGGAUCCUAUAUGAUGUGGAUCUACAGCCUUCAGUUGGUACGGCCUCCAACAUUUGCUUUGAGGCAGAGGAUGUACCUGGCAUCUCCCAGAGUCUAGAGGAACGAGGAUGCCAGAUCCUUAUCACACCCACUGCAGUGGGAGAUGAAAGUGGCUAUGUCACUUAUUCAGUGGUGGGAUCCAUCGUAGGCAACGUCAGCCACACACUACUUGACCGAUCACAGUACUGUGGACCAUUCCUGCCUGGUUUCCAUGUUGUGGAGGGUGCCUCCAAGAAAUUCCAGGCAGGCGGGCAGAUCACACAUUUUGACCAUAUCACCUAUGCUUGCCCCCAAGGUAGUUCACAAGCUGUACUGGAUUGGUACAAGAACUGUUUGGGAUUCCAGCGCUUCCUCAUCCAUCAGCAAGACGAUGUUGCUGAUGGCUACACAAUCCAGGGCUCUGGUGUAGGCCUUCGUCUUACUGCCAUGCGGUACAGCGGGAGUGGUUUGACUUUGCUUGAUCAGGACUGUAAAAUUGUUCUGGCUGAGUCACUGUCAGAGCAAAAGAAUAACCAGGUUGAUACUUUUUUAGAACAGCAUGGUGGAUCUGGCAUCCAACAUGUAGCACUCUACACCACAGAUAUUAUAGGUACUGCUGCAGCCAUGGCAAAGUCUGGUGCAAUUUUUUUCAAACCACCUUUAGCAUACUAUAGUGAGAAAAGCAAGGAGCAGGAGAUAAGACGAGUUGGGCAGGAUCUUCAGCUGCUGAAGGACCAUGGCAUCCUCCUGGAUGCUGAGGCAGGAGGCAACAGUGGCCCUGGACUUCAUGGGAAACAAUACCUGAUGCAGAUCUUCACCAAGCCUCUCUUUACGGAGGAGACUUUCUUCCUGGAGCUUAUUGAGCGAUGUGGGGGGACAGGUUUUGGUGAGGGAAACAUCCGUGCCCUCUGGCAAUCUGUACAAAACUACAUGGACCAGCAUGCUUGAAGAAUGAGCUCAAAUAUCCCAUUAUGCAAUCUUAGGCUUACUGUAUAUGUGAACUUGUGUAGUGUGAGUUCUGCUGCAAAUCUACUUGUAUGGGGUUGGCUCCUCUGUUGUAUCAAUGCCAUUUAGGAGUUCUGGAUCAGUGGUUCCCAAACUUUUUUCUCCCAUGGAUCACUUGAAAAUUGCUGAUAGUCUUGGUGGACCACUUAAUGAUUUUUCUGCCUGUUGUAACAAUUGUAAUUAGCUCUGCAAGAUGCUGCCUGAUUUUUAGUUGUGGGUUUUUUUGCUCCCUUUAUUUCUUAUAUUGUACUUUAUUGUAUUAC